AGCCGAGUCCGGCCUUCCAUAACCCUUGGGCGGGGCAGGUGGCAGGGCCGGGCAGGUUGCGCGCCCCGUCAGUGCAGUCCCGGCCUUUGUCCUGGACCCUGUACCGGGACCGUCGUCCCCGAGCCCGUAACGCUGGGAUUUCCCCACCACCCUGGCACGGCUGAAAGUCCGGGAUGGGGACUUCCUGAAGCUACGGGGCACCGCGGGAUGGGUUCAAAUGGGGGUAGCUUUGCCCAGACCCCCAGUCGAGAAGUGGGGACGGGACAGUAGGGGUGCGGGGGAGACUCUCCAGGGCUCCAGGGAAUGCCGUCUAGAAGAAGACUUGACAGAGACCAAAGGCUGGUUCCAUGCUGGAGAGGCCGGGAUUUCCCUAGGAUCACUGGACCUGCCUGGUUCAGCCUCCGCCCAGCCCUGGCAGGGGAGGGAGUUGACGGGCAGACAGAGGAGGGGAAACUCCCCUGGAACCUGUUUCUCAGCUUCCCGGCCCAGCUGGGACACCCGCUGCAAGGAGAGGCCAGGAGGAAGACCCUGGCCCCAACAUGGCCUCUGCCCUGAGGCCACCCCGGGUCCCCAAACCCAAGGGUGUCCUGCCUUCACACUACUAUGAGAGCUUUCUAGAGAAGAAGGCGCCCUGUGACCGGCCCAGAGCAAACUCCAUGAACCUCAGCGGCUGGGGUCAAGGCCAGGACAGGAUUACAAGAAGUUCUGGGCAGGCCUCCAGGGUCUCACCAUUUAUUUCUACAACAGCAACCGGGACUUCCAGCACGUGGAGAAGCUAAACCUGGGAGCAUUUGAGAAACUCAAAGACGAGAUUCCCUGGGGAAGCUCACGUGACCCUGGCACCCACUUCUGCCUGGUUCUCCGGAAUCAGGAGAUCAAAUUCAAGGUAGAAACCUUGGAGUGUCGAGAGAUGUGGAAGGGCUUCAUCUUGACGGUGGUGGAGCUCCGUGUCCCGUCCAACCUGACCCUGCUUCCUGGACACCUAUACAUGAUGGCUGAAGUUUUGGCCAAAGAGGAGGCACGCCGUGCACUGGAGACACCCUCGUGCUUCCUGAAGGUGAGCCGGCUGGAGGCACAACUGCUCCUAGAGCGGUACCCCGAGUGCGGAAACCUGCUGCUGCGGCCCAGCGGGGACGGCGCAGACGGCGCGUCGGUCACCACGCGGCAGAUGCACAAUGGGACGCACGUGGUCCGGCAUUAUAAGGUGAAGCGGGAGGGAACCAAGUACGUGAUCGACGUGGAAGAGCCGUUCUCUUGUACUUCCCUGGACGCCGUGGUCAACUAUUUCGUGUCGCACACCAAAAAGGCGCUGGUGCCCUUCCUGUUUGACGAGGACUACGAGAAGGUGCUAGGCUACGUGGAGGCCGAUAAGGAGAAUGGCGAGUGUGUGUGGGUGGCGCCCUCCGCCCCGGGCCCAGGUCCUGCACCCUCCACAAGUGGCCCCAAGCCACCACCUCCUGCGUCUGUGCCUGUGUCCAGCCAGGACAAGCUGCCCCCAUUACCCCCACUGCCGCCACUACCAGACCAGGAAGAGAACUACGUGACCCCCAUUGGGGACGCCCCAACUGUUGACUAUGAGAACCAAGACGUGGCUCCCUCCAGUCGGCCGGUCAUCCUGAAGCCGAAGAAGUUGCCAAAGGCUCCUGCAAAGCCUCCAAAGCCACCCACUGGACCCAAGCCAGAGAAGGGGUUUCACCAUGUUGCCCAGACUGGUCUCGAACUCCUGACCUCAAGUGAUUCACCCACCUCAGCCUCCCAAAGUGCUGGGAUUACAGGCGUGAGCCACCACACCUGGCCUCAUCUGUCUUCUCUUCCAGAGCCCAAAAUCGUUAAUGGUGGCUUUCCCAGGAAGCUGCCAGCCAGCUCAGCCCAGCCUCUCUUCCCCACACCGGGGCUGGCAGACGUGACCGCAGAGCUACAAAAGAAGCUGGAGAAGAGGCGAGCACUGGAGCACUGAGUCGGACACGCCGGGAACCAGUGGGCCAGUCCCGGGGCACAGCUCAGUGACCAGAUUCUUUCUCCCAGGAUUAAAACACUGACCCCAGG